AUGGUGGCGAUUGAUAUCCCAACUUCACAACGCGCCCUCCAGCAAGGCGAAGAUGGCCGGCUUCGCGUAAUCAACAACGCCGCUAUUCCACCACUACUGCCGGGUUACGUGCUUGUCAAGACACAUGCAGUGGCGCUGAAUCCUUCCGACCACAAAAUUACGACCGGCUUCCCAAUCCCGGGAGCCCACUCUGGCAGCGACUUUUCCGGCACAGUGGUCCAGCUGGCCGACGAUGUCGACCCGGCCGUCUGGCCGCUCGGCAGCCAAGUCUGCGGUGCAGCCUUCGGCUUCUCGCCGCCACACAGACUGGCGAGCGGGGCCUUUUCCGAGCACGUCCGCGCGCGUGCCGACCUGCUGCUGCGCAUACCAAGCAACCCCCACAACGGAGAUUUCGAAAGAAUUGGUCUCCUCGAAGCAACGACGUUGAUGACCGCCCUCUCGACCUGCAGCCUGGCAUUCUGGUCACCGGACGGGCUCGACCUCGCAGGCACGCCCGAGGCGCCCGUCGCCUCCGAGAAGCCCACCCCGGUGCUCGUCUACGGCGGCAGCACGGCCACGGGCACCAUCGCCAUCCAGCUGCUCCGGCUCUCGGGCUACGACCCGAUCGCCACGUGCUCGCCCCGGAACUUCGACCUCGUCCGCGGCAGGGGCGCCUCGGCGGUGUUCGACUACUCUUCCCCGGAUGCCGCCGCCGACAUCAAGGCUCAUUCGGCCGGGCGGUUGAAGUACGUACUGGACUGCAUCAGCAGCGCCGAGAGCGUCGCGGUGUGCUACGGGGCGAUCCAGCGACCCGGCGGGCGCUACGCGUCGCUUGAGCUGGUCCCCGCUGAGCUGUUGGCCAAGCGGAGGGCCGUGCGGGCCGAGUUUGUCCUGGCUGCGGAGGCGUUUGGUGAGGACAUCGAGCUGGGCUACGACGGGUAUGAUCGGCCGGCGAGCAGGGAGAAGCACGAGUUGGCGGUGCGGAGCCUGGGGAUGCUGCAGGGGCUGCUAGACUCGGGCAAGCUGAGGGCGCACCCUAUCGAGGUGUUGGAAGGGGGCCUGCAGGGGGUCGCCAGUGGACUGGACAUGUUGGCGGCGAAAGGCGUAUCGGGGAAGAAGUUGCAUCACGGGAAGGAUUCGGCACCCAGCGCAGAAACGCCAAGGCCCUCGCCGUCGCCAGACGAGCUCGAGAGUGUGGCGCCUCCCGCAGCCGCCUUCAAGCCCACUUUCCGCCUCUACGCCAUCGUCGUCGGGCUGGGGAUCGCGAACUUGCUGGCAGCGUUGGAAAACACCGUCAUCACAAUCGCCGCUCCCGUGAUCCUGACCGACUUGGGGUUUGGGGAUAAUUUCAUCUGGAUCACCAACGCUUUCUUCCUCAGCAGCACGGCACUACAGCCCCUCUUCGGCCAGUUUUGCAACGUCUUCGGCCGGCGAUAUGUCACAUUCGCCGUCAUCGCGGUGUUCGUGCUCGGCAGCGGCGUCUGCGGGGGCGCCACGACGGCCGGCAUGCUCAUCGCCGGGCGCGCCGUCCAGGGCGCCGGAUCGGGCGGCAUCAUAAUGGUCGCGAGCAUCAUCCUCAGCGACCUGGUGCCGCUCCGCCAGCGGGGCACCUACUCGGCCAUGCUCAUGUCCGUCUUCGGCAUCGGCUCCGCCCUGGGGCCCUUCAUCGGCGGCGCCAUUGUCUCUUCGACGACCUGGCGCUGGGUGUUCUACCUGAACCUUCCUAUCGGGGCGGCUGCCGUUACCGUGCUGUUUUUCUGUCUUCGGGUCAACUAUGACAGGGAGAUGUCCUUCUCGCAGAAGCUCAGGCGGAUCGACUUUGUUGGAAACGCGAUCCUGGUGGCCAGUACGGUUGCCAUUCUCUACGCUUUGAGCUAUGCCGGCACAAGGUACCCGUGGAGCUCGUGGCAUACACUGGUGCCGCUCCUCCUCGGCUUUUUUGGUCUGUUCAUCUUUGCGUGGGUACAGGCAACUGGCCUCUCGGCAGAACCCCUUGUGCCCCCUCGAUUCUUCAAGACUCGCACCUCUGUCAUCUUGGCCGUUGCCACGUUUCUUUCCUCAGCCUUGCUAUACUGGUGCAUAUUCUUUCUACCAGUCUUCUUCCAGAGUGUCAAGCUCUACUCUCCCCGGAGGGCAGGUGUGGCCCUGCUCCCCAUCUCACUGCUGGGCAUACCCGGCUCCAUGCUCGGGGCUCUGGCCCUUACACGCUGGGGCCGCUACAAGCCUAUCCACAUCGCAGCCUUCGCGAUCCAGACCCUCGGCCUGGGUCUCUUUACACUACAGCGUGAGACCACGACGGUUGCAGAAUGGGCUAUCUUCCAGUGCAUAGCUGCCUUCGGCGCCGGGAUCAUCUUCACGACCAUGCUGCCCGCCUUCCAGGCAUUCGUUCAGGAGCGCGACCUGGCUGCCUGCACGGCGGCCUGGUAUUUCAUCCGCCUGUUUGGCCACGUGUGGGGCGUGACGAUACCCGCCGUCAUCUUCAACAACCGCAUCGACGGCCUGCUGGCCGGCGGUGCAGUCUCUGACCCGGAUGCGGCGCGCAUUAUAUCGGCGGGUGGCGCAUACCAGGCCGCGUCCGCUGUUUUUGUGAAACAGUUCCCGCCCGACUUGCAGAGUGAGAUUCGUGCUGUUUACAGGCAGGGCUUACAGCGCGUCUUCCAGGUCGCUAUCGUUUUUGCCGGCCUGGCAUUCUUGUUAUCGCUCUUCGAGGAGGAGGUUGAGCUGCGGAAAACUCUUGAGACGGACUUCGGUCUGGAGGAGAAGGAAGACGAGAAGCACGCCAGUGGCCAUAACCAUGCGGUCGUGAAGGAUGCUCGUUCAGCAGAGACGUGGCACUGA